AUGUCAACAAAACAUGAUGCACGAUUGUGCGGAAAGAUAUUAGGAGCUUCUCCGUUCUCGAUAAUUCAUGUGGUUGAAGAACAUGAUGAAAAUACUCAAAAAGUGUUGAGCGAGUUCAAUUUUUCAAAGUCAAAUGACCCAUUUAUGAUCAUGUCUGCCGACAUAUUAAUAUUAGAUACAAAAAACUUUAAGUGUGUAAAUCCAAAAGCAUUUGUGACAUUACGUAGAGUAACAAUAAAUGUAUUUCAUGUGGAUUUGUUGAGAACGACCCAGUUUGUUGGUUGA